AGCCCUGGUGAGUGCGGCGGCGGCGGCGGUGGCGGCAGCGGCAGCAGCGGCAGUAGCGGCGGCGCGGCGGCGGCUCCCUGCGCGCGCUGCUUCCCUUCCAGGCAGCAUGUAACAGAUGUCCGAGGGGGGAAACACGAGGCAAAAAUCUGUUGGGCUGCUCAGUCCUGCCCGGCGGUCCCUGUGUGUCCCCCUCGUCUCCCAUCCCCCCGGGGGGCUCUCUCCCUUCCCUUCCCUUCGGGCAGGAUUGCAAUCCCCCAGCCUCUACCUGGGAUUUUCUGGUGGAAAAAGUCUCAGAGGUCCACCACAAUAUGGAACUGGAUUUUGGACACUUUGACGAAAGAGACAAGGCGUCCAGGAACAUGCGAGGGUCCCGGCUCAAUGGGCUUCCCAGCCCUACCCACAGUGCCCACUGCAGCUUCUACAGAACCCGGACCUUGCAGGCUCUGAGCAACGAGAAGAAGGCCAAGAAGGUCCGCUUCUACCGCAAUGGCGACCGCUACUUCAAGGGCAUCGUGUAUGCCGUGUCCACAGACCGCUUCCGCAGCUUCGACGCCUUGCUGGCCGACCUGACUCGCUCACUGUCCGACAACAUCAACCUCCCCCAGGGGGUGCGCUACAUCUACACCAUAGACGGAGGCCGCAAGAUCGGCAGCAUGGACGAGCUGGAGGAAGGUGAAAGCUAUGUGUGCUCCUCAGACAACUUCUUCAAGAAGGUGGAGUAUGCCAAGAAUGCCAACCCCAACUGGUCAGUCAAUGUGAAGACCUCGGCCAAUCUGAAAGCUCCCCAGUCCCUGGCCAGCAGCCAUAGUGCCCAGGCAAGGGAGAACAAGGACUUUGUUCGGCCCAAGCUGGUGACCAUCAUCCGCAGUGGGGUGAAGCCCCGCAAAGCUGUGCGGGUGCUCUUGAACAAGAAGACAGCCCACUCCUUUGAGCAAGUCCUCACAGACAUCACCGAAGCUAUCAAACUGGAGACAGGGGUGGUCAAAAAGCUAUACACCCUGGAUGGGAAACAGGUGACCUGCCUCCACGAUUUCUUUGGUGAUGACGAUGUAUUUAUUGCCUGCGGUCCUGAAAAGUUCCGCUAUGCCCAGGAUGACUUUUCCCUGGAUGAGAAUGAGUGCCGAGUCAUGAAGGGGGCCCCACCCGCCACCACUGGCACCAAGUCAUCUCCCAAGACUCAGAAGAGCUCAGCCAAAAGUCCUGGCCCUGUGCGCAGGAGCAAGUCUCCGGCCGACUCAGGUAACGACCAAGAUGCCAACGGGACAUCUAGCAGCCAGCUGUCCACUCCCAAGUCAAAGCAGUCGCCAAUCUCGACCCCCACCAGCCCUGGGAGCCUCCGGAAGCACAAGGACCUGUACCUGCCUCUGUCCUUGGAUGACUCCGACUCCCUGGGAGAUUCGAUGUGAACACAAAGACAGUGUCCAGCGUCCAGAGUCCACCUUCCACUUUCCUCCUGUACAGUAUGGUACUUCUGCUAGAGUGUCCAACAGGGCAAUUAUUGUUUUCAAGUUUCAAAAAAGGGAGAGAGAGGGGGAGAGAGAGAGGGGGAGAGAGAGAGAGAGAGAGAGAGAGAGAGAGAGAGAGAGAGAGAGAGAGAGAGAGAGAGAGAGAGUGUGUGUGAGAGAGAGAACACAGAGUUAACAUGUUGGAUUUUUUCCUGUGAUUCCUCCUCUGGGCCACAAAUCCACAGUUUUCCAGUAAGGAGGUUAGAUUGAUGCCAUUCUUUUGAGUAAUUUGAUGGGGAUGUGAAAUGUGCCGUUCCAUGGACCUUCUGUGAAAUUCCUGAGCCCCCACAGGGUUUUCUGUCUCAUUUUAGUGUUAUAGGUUGCCUUCCAUGGAGGGUCACUCAUACAAGUCACAUUGAAAAUGGGGGAGGGGUGGGGGAGUCGGAGCAGGGGAGGUGGGAGGGGAGAAGAAAAGGGAAUCUGGAGCAAAAAAAAAAAUCCUUGGUGAAUCCUCAACUGGGCAAAAAGUGCCCUGGAUCUUCUUGUCCGAAGAAGGCUGGCAAAGGUGGGAGCUGCUGCUGGUCAUCUCUCGACUUGCACCUCUGACAUAGCCCCCUCCUGGCAGCUGAUAGCAGUUUGGGAUGCCCAGGGGAUGGGGUGGUUGGGGGAGCCGGUGACUUGUACUAGUGCAAACAUCUAGCAGAGCGAUAGCACUGUUCUGAGUGAAAGUGACCACACCAGAGGAAUUCCUAGACUGGCCCGCCGAACGAAGCAGGAGCCAUAUCUGGUAGGCUUUGGAGAGUGCAGCCAGCUACUUCACCUCCUCCACUGAGCCGACCCAGGAAGACACGAGCCAACCGCAUCAGCUGGGGCCGAGGGACUCGAAGUACCCCUUCCCGAAGGCCACAUUCGUUGUCGUCUCGUCAGUGAUGGUAUUGGUCUAUCCCCAUGUCUUCUAUCGAAUGCCUUGUGAACCACCAACACUGAAAACACUGUGAGAAUUUGUUUUCAGGGCUGCCGUCUUUCAGUUGCAUUUUAUAGCAAGAACUCAAUCUCCUUUUUAUAAAAAAGCAAAAACAAAAACCUCGCGUCUGUGUUUCCGGAGUGAACUCUCCAAGCUCCUUUUUUAUAAGCUAGGGUUUUUCCUUUUGUCUAAAAAACCCAUGCAGAAAAUAAAAAAAACAAACAACCUACCACCAACCACCAUCUUCCCAACCACUGAAGGGCGAGAGCUUAGGACGAUGCUGUCACUGCCAAACUGCCUUCUGGAGAAGCCAAGAAGAACCACAGCCCACACAGUGGGAUUGGCGAUCAGAUGAGCCUUGUAACAAUUGAGCUUCGGCACCCAAUGCCAGCAGGGCCCACCAUUCCUACUGUACCCUAAGCCCUUGCCGUUGCCACCAGAACUGAGAAGAUGCUCUUCUUCACCUUCAAUGCUUUGGACCAGCCCACCCAUGGGCUUUGAGACGUGAGCUCCUCCCAGAAGUCAUGAUGCUUCCUCCACUGAGCCCUGAAGUCACACCUGCCAGUACUGAUGGUGGCAGAAUGGAAGAGUUCCUGACUCCAUCACCAUUUCCCUGUGUGUUAGAAGGGAUGGGGGAGCUUAGAAUGGGGCAGGAUGGCUUGGCUUCGCUCGGCUUUACAACUGAAUGGUUCUGGGUCAUUCCUCCAUCCUAUCCACGUGGAGUGAGCCAGAUUGGGGGGGGGUGAGGGGUGUGUGUGGGGGGGUGUAACUGUGUCACCAUCAAGUGUCUUCUGUAGGCUACCUCAGCCUGAGCUACUGGCCACUGAUGUAGACACAUGCUAGGACACCCAGUACUGUGGGUGGGGGCCACCAUGGCAGAAGUGUGGCUCCUGUCUUAGGAUCAUAGAACAUCGGGGUUGGAAGGGACCUUAGAAUCAUUUAGUUCAACCCUCUCAUUUUCAGAUGAGGAAACAGACCCAAAGUGAGGAAAGAAUUUGUCUAGCAUGACCCAAGGAGUAAGCAGGCGAGUCAAGAUUUAAACCUCAAAUGUCUGACUCAAAAUGAGGCAAGUCAAGCCAAAGACUGGCCCUGCUGCUGCCCAUGCCAAGGCAGUGCACGAUGGCUCUGCCCUCCACUCUGCUUCUGCUCACCCUUAGGGCCAAGGUCUCUCCUUCUCCUCUUGGGCCACGCCCCUUGCAUUCUUCCUAGUUUCUUAUUGGCGAUUCUUUGGAGGGAGAAAUGGACUGGACUCUGGUACCCAUCUGUUGGGUAACAGAGGGAGGAGGGCUCUAUCCAUCACACCUCAAAGCCCUAAAGUACCAACCCCAUCCCCCAGGCCUCCGUAGCUUCGAUCCAGGGCUUUUGCCUGGCUAAAGUAAGCCCCUUCCCAUUGGCCAACUCCUCCUCUGACCCUGCUGGGCUCCCACCAGAAUCCUGACAUUUCUUUUUACUCGACCGAAGCCCAAGUGGCCCAAACCCCAGGCCCAGGUCAUCUCUUCAAACUUAGCAAGCUCCUUGAGUCACACCAGGAGGAAAAGGUAGUAGCUUUCCUGGGUUCUCUCUGCUUAGCCAGCUUGGAUCCCCAUGUAUACACCUGUGGUAGGCCCAGAAGGACCCACUCACUGGCUCUUUCCCAGCUUGCUCAUUAGCAAUCCUAUCAGGCACUAAUGGGUAUAAUAAACUAUUCUCCUCUCAUCUGCUCUUCCUAAUUAUGCUCACGCUUUUAGCUUCAUUAGCAGCUUCUAAGCUUCGGCGGCCCAAAUGGAGUUAGUGCUGAACUCUUUCAGACUCUCCAGGAAUAAAUGCCCCUUCUUUCGCUGCCGUUAUUCGGAGUUAUUGACAGAGUUGGGACGCUACCUUUCAUUUCAUGAGGUGAUCUAGUGUUCGUCUUAAAAUCGGGCAGAACGAACAAAGAAAUAGAGGACUGAAGGCCAGUGACUCUCUGUGAUACAGAUGUAGACAUCCUGAAAGAGGAGCCAACAGAAUACUGCAAUGGAUGGGAUCUUUUUUUAACAUCUCGAGGGAACUUUGGAAUUUCUUUUACAAAUGAGGAAACUGAGGCCCAGAGAGGGGAAGCUGCCUGGCAAGUUCGUAUGAUCUUGGGCUGAUCAUGGUCUUGUGUGACAGGACCAUCUUUUUCAUCUCUAUUUUAGGGCUCAAGCUCUACACUUGAGAGAAUCUAAAGAGGGUUACCUUUUGAGAUGCCCUAUUUUAGCAGCCUUUGCAGGGUCCUUUGCACCCCAUACACUUCUCUCUUGAUCUGAUUUGCCUUGAGGGUCCCUUGGGCUGUGUUCUGCAGUCAGCAGAAAUCAUGACCCCCCACCCACCCACCAGCGUCUGCUGUCUCUGCCCCUCUUAGCCUCUCUCUUCUCCCACCUUCACAUGGAUGCAGAAAUGGAAAUAGCAACAAAGGAAAAGAGAAGGGGCUGUAUGCUGGGAGGGGGUGAGGCAGAGAGGAAGCAUUGCCUAGAGGCAGUUGAACAGGAGGAAAGAUAAUGGGGAAAGGCCUCUCUGAGAGCAGAGCAGGGCAAAGCAAGGCUGUCUUUUGGCACCAGGUGCCCUCUGGGGCCCUCACGGACACCAAGAUUUACAGCCGGAAAGGCCCUGGGGCACAUAGAAGGGGCCCCACUUCAGAGGGACCUUGGGCCAUAUGAUGCUGCCGUAACAUUGGCGUCUACAAUGGCGUAAGUGGAGAUAAUAUAAUAUAUCACAUGUCAGCGCUAGCCGAGAAGGGACCUUGGGAUAGAAAGAGAACAUUAGUGCUGUGGGGGAUUUGGGAAAUGAUUUCAUCUCAUACUUUCAUGGUAUAGAGAAUGACAGUUAUGCCCAGAAAGGAGAAAGGAUUUGUCCAAGCUGGUGCCGGGGCUGGGGCCAAAAGCCCAGGGUCCUGGCUCCUAGGAGUGCCCCUUGGCUCUCUGAGAGUCUUGGAACCCCAGUCUCAUCGAGCAACCCUCCUCCCCCCCCAGAGGAAGCAAGGUCAAUCAUUCAGGGAAAGCUGAGGAGCAAGGGGAUGGAUGGAGAGGCCCACCAGGAAGACAGGGAAGGCUCCAGGGGCCACAAGGUCAAAGGAGCAUGAGGCCUGGCUAACCUUGCUUGCUUGCUUCCCUCCCUCAGGUCCCACUUGGCCUGGGGUUGGCUUUCUCUAGCCCUUGUGACUCAGUGACCCAUUUGCUCACAGAAGUGAAGGUCCAUCUGAUCUUAUGCUCUCUGGUGCCCCGGGCCACCUCACACUGUGGCCUGACCUCUGCCACCUCUGAGCCAGUGGACCAUCUCUUGGAAAAGUUCUCAGAGCUUGGCCAAUAAGCGCCUCACUCCCUUUCACAAUCCUCAGUGUCCCGUCCUGCUCGCUCCUUCCCUCCCUGUUGGGCCCCUGGCCUCCUCCCUAUGCCUGCUGCAGGCCUCUGGGCAUUCAUUCUGUGCUCCAAGUUUUCUCUGUAUCCCUGUUCUGUGGCCGCUCUUCUCCCUGGGCCUGCCUACUUUGUCUUACUCCCAUUGUCUGGGCCCCCUGCCUCUUCUUCAGCCAUUAUGCUUGCAGCGGCCCUGCUCUCUCUGUCCCUUGGCUUUCCUUCCUGUCUCUGCACCCCUCUGUGCCUUCAGCUUUGGGUCCCCACUCUCUCUUUGUUUCUAGGUCCUCUGUACCCUUUCUGUGACUCCCCCUCUUUCAGGGGCCCCCAGGACUUCCAAAGCCCCCACUCCAUUCUCUGGCCCUCCACUCUCCGGACUGUCCCUCGGCAUCCACUACCUUUGUUCCCGUCUCUGGCUCACACACACACACCUUCUGUCUGGGUCUCCACUCUGCACACAACACUCUCGCCGUGCUCCUCCCUGCCCUGGACUCUCUGCCUUGCUCCCACCUCCACCAUCAUCUCUCAGUCCCCCUCUCAGAGAAGCCCUCUGCUGGCCUGUGUACCCAUUCUCCUUCCUGUCUCCUCUUGGGCCUUGGACCCAAAAGCCUCUGUGGCUGACCCUGGGCACCUGCCGCUCUGUCUACCUCCCUCUCAGUUGCCCAGGAGCCCUUUGGUGAAGGUGCCCCUCUCUAGAGGCUGGGAAGGCUGGCUGAGGUCUCCUUGAGCAAACCUCCAGACCCCAGCCUACCCAGGCUCUCGCCCUGAAACCUCUGGGUCUUCAUCAGCAGCCACCCCUCGGGCUGGCUGGGAAAGGCCUGGAGCUGGAGACAGUAAUGUGGCACUGUCCACCAGAGCUAAGCCUUCCUUCCUUCCCUCAAGGCUUCCCGUGGAAGUUUCUGAGCAAUAGCAUGGAUUGUGAGCCCUUUGCAAAGGAGGGCAUCUAAAGAGUGGCCUCUGCACUGUUCUUACUCUUGCUGCCUCUCCCUAUUCCCAACCAAUCAGGGCCGGAGUAGCAACCCUCCAAGUUGCAGCUCCAAACACUGGCUGGAGCCAGCUGCCUGGACAGGUGACAGGUGAGCCCUUGGGAAACUCUAGUGGGCAUUCUUCUCUGAGCCAGCCUUGCUAGGGCUCCCUUGCUCUCCAUCUCGGGGCAUCCAGACAUCAAGCUGGGCCCUUCCAAGUCCUGCUCUCUGCUUGCAGAGCCCAGGAUCCGGAGACUGGAGCAUUCCCACCAGGGCCCAAAGCCCUGUGCUGUUUGCCAUCCAGAGGCUCCCAGGUUCAAGAGAGCCUGGUUCGUGCAGAAUCCCGUCCCUCACAUCUUCCUCCUGAGGCUUCACAACUCAGAAAUGAGGGGUUGGCACAUGCUGCCGCCACCACUGCCCUCUGAUGAGUGAGGCGGCACCACACACAUACACAAUCCUGUGGGCUUGCAGAGCCAUCUGUUCCCCUCUUGUCAUCUUCCACAAUUCUACCUGUUCGUCCUUUCUCUGUCUCCUUGGCUUGCUUUCUUCCCUUUGUAGGCCUCUAGCCAGUGCUAGGACUGCUGAGCCCCCUGGCCUGAGGGGCACCCAUCUUACUUCAUCCCCAUUCUCACCCAGUCUUGCCAGCUCAGGAACAGCCCCCUCCUUCCCUGUGAGCCUUUGAGCUGGGGCACAGCCCUCCUGGCUGCCCAGGCUGGUCCGCCAUUUUGUGGAUCAGGGAAGUGUGUAAAUAGCUGAACAGAAAGCCCAUCCAUGGAUAUUUAGCAUCUUCUCCCAGCCCCCUGGUCUUUUCAGUUUGCUCCUAGUUAACAAAGCUGCAAUACGAGAUACCUGAGAGCCCAUAGUGUGUAUUUGAUUGUCAUGUGGUGUUGGGGGGCGGGGGGAGGAGGGAGGGCAUUGGGUUGAGGGAGGAGGUUUAAAGUUUAGCUGGCAUACUUUAAGCCAUCUGUACAGAGCCACAUGGGGGGGGGGAAGGUGGGGCGGGCGGGAGGGAGGGGCACACCAAGUGCAAGAAUUGAGUUGUGUUUAGGAAUCAAUAGGAUUUGGGGAUUCAUUGAAAUGGAAGAAGUGUUUUGCAAAGUACACUUUGUGUAGAGACAGUCAUUGAACAGCUGUUUUUGCUCCUGCUGCCCGCCCGCCCGCCAUGAGUAGCAUUUCAUGUGGGCACAUGCUCUCCACCCAGCUGCUGCCAGAGCUGUCCACGGAGGAGUGGUCCAGUGGCCUCUGGCUUCUGGCACUCAUCUGCUCCACGCCAGGUGUGGUCAAUGGAGUGGCAAGGCAAGGGGCCUCACCUUUCGUGUACGUUUUCAUCAAGGGAGGCAGGCAAGAAGACUGGACUGGGAUGGCAACUUUUGCCCCAUCCUAAAUUGUAGCUUGAAGACAACACUGCAGCCCUGGCCCCAGCUUCCCGGCAAGCCCCUGAUGUGUAUUGGGGGAGCAAGCCACGUUCUUUCGUUCUCCCAUGUGGCAAGCUCUUGGAAGCACUGUGGCCACCUUCUCACGCCAGAGCCCAUUUCUGUGGCCAUUUUCAAAGUGGGGCUGGGUGGAGUUAAGGGCAGGAAAUUUCCCUGUGACCCCGUAGCAGUAGGGAGCCCCAGCACCGUUAGUGAUGCUGGGGCUGUAUAUGAGUGCUUCAGUUAGUGUUAGAGACUUUAGCUUUGGAGAGUCAAUGCAUGGUACCAUACAUCCCGUUCCUCAUGCCCUCAGCCACGACUUCUGGAAAGGGAGUCUCUUUUUCCCGUGUCCCUCUCCCCACUCCCCUUGCCCUUGCCCCAGGCUGCCUCUAGUCAUAACUUAGAGAUCUGAGACCAAUCCAUGUGGGCAAAAAGAAUGGAUCCUCACUGCCACUGCCUUCCCCAGGAACCCUGGGACUGGAGGCCCCGCUCCCCUUGAUGCUACAACUUUGGGGGCACUGAGCCACCUUUCAACUUUGAUCAGCCGGGCUCAGCCGAGGGGCCCUCCCUGGGACACUGGAGCUUUCAGAGCCCUUCCAGCAGCUUCUGAGGAUCCGCUUGGCCUCCUUCCUUCACCGCCCAUUCGGUUUGCUCGGUAUUGGGAAAGCAGAUGGAUACUGAGCAAAGCAAGGACCUUGGGGCCAGGGUGGGGGGCCCACCAGCCCUCUUGCAGACAGUCCUGGAGCCAAGCCCUCAGGAGAGGCUGAGCCUCCCCCUCUCUACAGCAGCCCAAUGGCACCGGCCUGUUUGCUUCUGGUGGCCCACAACAGCCUGGGCCUCCCUGUUUCACUGGGGCCUAGAGUAGCUCCCCCUCUACAGACAGUGUCGCGUCCGGAUGCCCGUGGCCAGAAGGCAGGCUCGAAGGCCAGCCCGGUGUAUUCUCCCUGGAAGAGCUUCCCGAGGGCUGCUGGGAUGCAGCAGGCUCUGGCCCACAGUGUCUGUUCUUCCUCAUUUCCGUGUACAUUGGCAAGGUGUGUGUAAUGUCAUUCUCCAAAAAUAAAACUUGCUUUCCAGA